CUGUGCGUCUGUCUGUCUGUCACUCCGGCAUCUUACGAGUUCCUUUCCCUUUAGCUCCCGGCGGGCGGCAGCCUCUCGCUGGCUCGCAACUUUGGGGAGUUUCAGGCAGCCGCAGCGGCGGCAGCAACCCCGGGCGCAGGAAACGUCUCGGCCGGCUGCGGUUGCUUCUCCCCGGCUCUCUUCAUUGCUCUGCUGAAGGUAAUGAGAUGCCCUAAGAUCCCAGAUGUACCAUAUGAGAAGUCUGGAACGUGUUGAGGACUCUACUUCCAGCAAGCAUGACGAGAGUGACCCAGCAGAUCGGCAGGUGGCCAAGAGGAACUCCCAACGGCCUUCUUCUCCUCUGAGCACGGGUGACAGUGUGGCAUGCCCCCGACCUCUCUUCCUUCCUCCUGGACUAAGCCCUGAUGGGUCAGGACAAUAAGGAAAUCGUCCUUGCGUGACCCUAUGCCUCCAGAAAUGGCCUCUUCUCCCCAGACGCUGGCUCACAAACGGAGCAGCACCCAGAGGUGAACUUAUCUGCCUUGCAGCCCAGGCUCUGGGCUCUCCAACCUGACACGUCAACCUCCAGCCGAGAAAGGAGUCUGUCUAGGAAAAGAACUAGAAUCAACUGAGAGGCACAUUUUUUAAUCACCAGUUACUUUAAUGACCAUCCGCAGAGCCACCGAGUGAAAGGAAGGAGCUAGGCGGCGCGUCCCGGGCGUCAUGGUCCACCUGCUCGCCUCCGAAGUACGGCAGCUACUUCACAACAAGUUCGUGGUCAUCCUGGGGGACUCGGUCCAGAGGGCCGUGUACAAGGACCUGGUGCUCCUGCUGCAGAAGGACUGCCUGCUCACACUCAGCCAGCUCAAGGCCAAGGGAGAGUACAGCUUCGAGCAGGACGAGCUGGUGCAGGGGGGCAAGCAGGGCCGCAUGCAUAACGGCACCCACUACCGCGAGGUGCGCCAGUUCUGCUCCGGCCAGCACCUGGUGCGCUUCUACUUCCUGACGCGCGUGUACUCCGACUACCUGGAAGCCAUCCUGGAGGAGCUGCAUUCGGGCGAGCACGACCCGGACCUGGUCAUCAUGAACUCCUGCCUCUGGGACCUCACCAGGUACGGGGAGGACUCCUGGCCGAACUACCUGCAGAACCUGGAGAGCCUGUUUGGGCGCCUGCGCCAGGUGCUGCCCGAGUCGUGCCUCCUGGUUUGGAACACGGCCAUGCCCGUGGGCAACAACAUCAAUAGCGGCUUCCUCCCGCCCGAGCUCCGACCCGCGGCCUCCACACUGAAAACCAACGUGAUUGAGGCCAACUUCUACAGCUCUGUCGAGGCCCAAAAGCACGGCUUCGAUGUGCUGGACUUGCACUUCCACUUCCGCCGCCACACAGGGAAGUACCUGCAGCCCGACGGGGUGCACUGGAACGAGCGAGCGCACCGGCAUCUCUCCCAGCUUCUGCUGGCCCACGUGGCCGACGCCUGGGGGGUGGAGCUGCCCCAGCGUGACCCAGUGAGCAAGUGCAUCAAGGAUGGCCCCGCGAGGGGAGGACCUGGCCGGAGACUUGAGAGGCAGCUCCCGGCCUGCAGAGAUCAACCGGCCUUCCCUCCUCCGCACCGACCCUUGCCUCUGCCUGGGUGCUGCCCCCUGCUCCCCACGCCAUCUCCCCGCCCACCCCAGUUCCCACUGCUGCCCCCAAAACCCCGUCCCAUCCCCCUUCAGCAGGUGACACCUCCGUUCCUUGUCUGUCCCCAAGAUGCCGAUUUUUCUUCAGAUCGUCCUUUCCAAUCGGACCAGUUCUCCUUGAACCAUUUCCAUUCAGAUAUUCUCGCAUCUACCCAGACAGAAUUUGCCUUCGAUGGUGACUUUAUGUUUAGUCCCCAGCCGCCUAGGCCCCCCUUCCCCCAACCCUGUUAUCAGCAGCGGGCCCCUGUGGUCCAUAGGGGUUUUCCCCGGCAUUGUCCCCGUGGCCCCUACUUGCCCUGGAGAGGGCGGCCCAGAAAUUCCAAGAGAAGGGCCCCAGCCUAUAGAGAGCCAAGGCCUCAAUAGACUGACUUGGGUGCCUUCCUCCUCAUGCACAUGGACUGGACAGAUCGUCCGACUCUCCCCAGACAGACUGACCUUGUUAACUGAAGCCUUUGGUCCAUUGCUGUUAUCAAUAAUGGCAGGGAAGGGCAGUCUGACCUAUU